AUGACCUCGCGAGACUUUGGCUUCGGUGUGUCGGUGCGCGAGGCCGAAGGCGCCGAGGGUGUGUUCAUCCUCCACUUGAAGGCCAACGAGAACCGCUUCAAUCCCGACUUCAUGGUGGCGAUCGAUCGCGCCCUGUCUCACGUCGAGAAGCACGAGGGACCCACUGCGCUGGUCACCGUCGGCGAGGGCAAGUUCUACUCCAAUGGUCUUGAUCUCGACUAUGUGGGCAGUCACACCGACCAAGUCGAAUCCUUCAUGAACCAGUACAUGGCCUUGUUGGCGCAUUUCCUCAUUGCGGGCGUGCCCACCGUGGCGGCCGUCAACGGCCACUGCUUCGCUGGCGGCUUCCUCCUGGCCCUCUCCCACGACUACCGAAUCAUGCGGGAGGACCGCGGCUUCUGUUGCUUGAACGAAGUCGACAUCGGGCUCAACCUCUGCCCCGGCAUGGCGGCCGUGGCGAGGGCCAAGCUGGAGCGCACCAUUUUCAGGGACUCCAUUCUCAACGCCACGCGCUACACCGCCCCCGAGGGCGUCAAGGCGGGGUUCAUUGAUGCGGCUGUGCCCGAUGCCGAGGUGCUAGCGCGGGCCGUGGCGCUGGCCCAAAAGCUGGCGCCCAGGGGUGCCAACAAGACCAUCCUCAGCCAGCUCAAGCAGGAAAUGUACAUCGAUGCGUACGACAAGCUGACCACGGGCGGGUUUGGUGGCUCCAAGAAGAAGGCGAACCUCUGA